AUGCCUCGAAAGUCUGGAACGGUGCAACCUAAGCGGGCGGGGAAGAAGUCGGUGAUGAGCCGGGAGCAGGUUCUAAAGAUGGAGAAGAUUGAGAAGAUAAGGAGCUCCGCACCCUUACAAAUCAUGGACGGGCUAAAGGCCCGGAGAGGUCGACCAAAGAGGCAAUGGCCCAAUCCUAUGACCCGGUUGAAUCCCUACGAGGAUGUUCCGAUGGUUGUCAAGCCGCAGACAACCGCCGAGCCACAGAUUGAGCGUAAAUCAAAGGGGCCCCUUCCACCGUUGAAGAUCGUCAUGGAGUCGGCUCCGGGGACGAAACGGUCUAAACGGAAUGUUACGGUCACCAAGUUUGACGAGCCUGAAGAAGUGGAGACUGAUGCUCUCGGAGAGGCUAGCCUCCUUGCACAUGCUGAGGCCGGACUUCCGCAUCACGUCCAGGUCCCGCCUGGGUAUUCUUAUGAAGAGUUCAGACGAGCCUCUAAAAGCCCAAGUGAGGCUCCCUCCGAUACCUCGACUCCAAAUGGGUCGUACCCAUCUACACCACUGUCGACACAUUACCAUGCCACCCCGGGACUCAUGUCCCCACCAACAUUCUACCAUUCCCCUUCGGAGCUAAAUAGCUCCAUGGGUGUGAACGUUUCUUCCAUCUCUCUGCCUCCUCUUCUCACGUCCUCGAGCUCGGCACCUCACCCCUGGUUGACUCUCCCGACUCUCCACUAUGGCAGGGUUGAGGCCCCACCUUGGCCCUGGGCGCCGGCGGCCUCACAUAGCUUCUACCAGAAUUCGUAUCAUUCGGCAGAUGGCUACCACUACUAG